AUGCAGUUAGCAUUAUGUCGGCCGAGUGUCUCAAAAUGUAUUUUCAUGUUUCACAAUAGGUUAGCUUUUGUGUGAACUAGUAGAGAGAGAGUUUUUAUUAUUAAAUUUUUGAGGCUUCUGUCUCACGGAGUCGAAAGAAUCCCUGUGAUUGGAAGUAUCCAAAAAACCCCGCCCUUAGAAAGUUUACUUGCCGAAUACUCCAAAUUUCACUGGGACGACUCUGUCACGACUGAUGACGAGACGGUUGGUGGAAACUUUAGUUUCGAAGUCGAAGGAAACUAAAGGUGCAAACUAUGUUCAAAAAACUGAUGGGAGGCGACCGUGCAACAUUGGCCUCUUCAAUAACGCUCGUUGAGUCCAAACAUCCGAGAAAGAGGGCCCAGGGGAACGCAUUGCUUCAGGUUUCCUUUCCGACAACUGCACUUGGAGUUUCUCGCUUUUCAGCUAGUUCUAAACGAGGAGAGAAAGCGUUACAAGGAGUUCGGACGUGACUCGAUGAUCUUCAGAGUUGGUUGGAAUCAAUGCUCUUUGGCGAAAAUAACUUGAACCGUUCCUCAGCAAUUUCCGGCAGUCCUGGCGUAGGAAAAUCUUCUUUCAUCGAAGCUCUCGGCAAAGAAUUAACUGUCAAUAGGAAAAAGAAGGUUUUUUUCAAGAUUGAAAGAAAAAAGCUGGAAAAAAAUGUUGUAAGUAUAUCUUUCGAGUUUCUUUAUGCUAUCAAGGUCAGAAAAUGUAAACUAUGUCGAAAAAUGUCCAUUUGAUCUUUUAAGGUGGCUGUUCUGACAAUAGAUCCUACGAGCGCCAUGACAGGAGGUUCGGUUUCAGGUAGUUUUCCUGCCGGAAUAUGUUUUUUUUCAGGCUCGCUUCUGGGUGAUCUGACUCGUAUGCAGGAACUUUCCUGCAACCCCAAUGCGUAUAUUCGUCAGUCACCCACCUCAGGUGAAGUUGAGCCUCGCCGAAGACUUCACCCUCGUCUCAGGAUCCCUUGGAGGAGUCACUCGUGGCAUCCAUGAAGCCAUCAUCCUCUGCGAAGGCGCUGGCUACGACGUCGUCAUCAUCGAGACUGUCGGUCUGGUCUUUGUCGUCUGCCGUUUCGAAUUUUUUCAGGCGUUGGUCAGUCCGAAGUGGCGGUCGCGGACAUGUGCGACAUCAUGUGUCUUCUUCUUUCACCUGCCCACGGCGACGAGCUGCAGGUUUGAUAAAACAGAAUCUUCAGUGUAUUGAAGCUGCCGCAGAAGACUUUGAAUUAUGUAGCGUACGUAGGGGCCCAGUGAAAACGUUGUAGAUGCAACAUUUGUAUAGAAAUAUAACGAGACCAUUUACGGUAGAAAUAAACGGGUUUCCGCAGAGAGAAGUGGCCCAAAUAUUCUGGAAGUUUCCGAAAUGUAGGAGAAGUUUUGAAAGUGCGGAAUUUUCUUAAAAUUUGACUGGAGUCCGAAAAGCGUAAAAUUGUUUUUAAGCUGUAGAAGUUGUUUCAGUUGUAGAACAUCACGAUUGAAAGUUCUCGUGAGAAAUGCACUAAAGGCAAACAUUAUCGAGUCUUUUUCCAGGCUUUCUCGUUUUCAGGGUGUGAAGAGAGGUAUAAUGGAGUUGAGUGAUCUACUCAUUGUUACCAAAGACGACGGAGAUCUGAAAGCUAAAGCUAAGGUUUUCAAAUCCCCCCUUCGUUCGACAAUAAUCACUAUUUUCAGUUGACGCAAGCGGAGUACAUCUCCGCUUUGAAAUACAUGCGACCACGCUUGACGUCAUGGCAACCAAAAGUCAGAUUUGUCUCGUUCAAAAAUUCAAAAUAAAUAUGCAUUUUUUUGCUUUUCAAAAAAAUUUCUCAUUUUUUUCACAGAUUUUUCUAGUCGGAUGAAUUUGUAACGCAUUGAUAUGAAGAAUUUCAUAAAAUUAGAAAUAGAUUCAAAUUAAAUGUCAGCUCAGAAAAGUAUCUAUAUCAAAAAUAUAUGUUGAAGUAACUUUAACUAGUUAGAUCUGGGGAAUUUACAUUUUUUUUAGGUGAUGCGUUCUUCAAUAAUGAAUCCUACCUCCAUCGGGGACGUCUGUUCAACUUUAUACGAGUUCUGGGACACCGUCGGGCCUUCUGGAGACUUGGAGAAGCGAAGGCAAUAUCAAGUGCGCCUCCAACAAACUUUUUCAACUAUUUCCUGUUUUAGCUCAAAAAAUGGAUGUGGAACCAUGUCAAAGACGAGAUCAUGACGGUCUUCCAGAAACACCCAAAAAUUGCUGGGAUGGUUGGCUUUUCCAUAUGUUCUGUCUAAUCUUUCUUUGCAGUCUUCAAGGCUCGAAUCUGACAUCAAAGAAGGAAAAAUGACUCCAGGAUUGGCCGCUGAAAAAAUGAUAAGAACUUUUUUUGGAGUUUGA